GCCAUAACUUUACGAUUGUUCCUGCAAAAGCCGAAAUCGUGUGCUCUAAGAACAGAAUUCAAUUUGGACUGGAGUCAAUUCGCCUUAUAUUCUUGAAGUUUAGAUUUUGCUAGUAUAAACCCUAGUUUUUUUUCAAGUGCAUCGUCCUGUCUCUGCCGUUCGCUGUCAUUCCAUCGGUAUUCUGUAUGGAGGGGCCCCUGCCUCUGCCGCCAUCCUCUGGCGACGAUGGGGACCUGGAUGGCGCGUGGUACGGCAACAUACAGUACUUACUGAACAUAUCGGCGAUUGGGGCUUUCUGCUGCCUACUGAUUUUCAUCUUUGUGAAGCUACGCAGUGACCACCACCGAAUGCCGGGACCUGCUGCUCUUGUCAACAAGCUUCUUGCCGUUUGGCACGCUACAGGUCGUGAAAUUGCUCGCCAUUGCGGGGCUGAUGCUGCCCAGUUUCUUUUGAUCGAAGGUGGGAGUUGCGCAGUUCUUUUGUCCAUUGCGGGCUUGGCUGUACUGCUAAUUCUUCCGCUUAAUAUUUAUGCCGGGACUGCUGUGUUGGAUGACCAAUUCUCGAAGACUACUAUUAAUCACAUCGAGAAAGGUUCGGUUCUACUUUGGGUACAUUUUCUUUUUGCGGUGGUGGUUGUUGUUUUGGUUCAUUUUGGUAUUUCCUCUAUCGAAGAGAGGUUAAGGAUUACUAGAUUUAGGGAUGGAUAUGGUAAUCCAAGUGACCCUACUGCGAAUUCCACUGCCAUAUUCACUGUAAUGGUGCAGGGUCUACCAAAAAAUUUAGGAGAUGAUAGAGUUGCAUUGCGGGAGUACUUUCAAUAUAGGUAUCCAGGGAAGGUUUAUAAGCUAAUUGUGCCUAUGGAUUUGCGUGCUUUGGAUGAUUUGGCAGCCGAGCUGUUGAGAGUAAGGGAUGAAAUUUCAUGGUUGGUGGCAAGAAUGGACUCUCGCCUUUUGCCAGAUGAUAUUGAAGUUGAUGGAAAUGCUCAGGGUACUUCUUGGGGUUUAGGGAGUUGGGUGGUUUACUCUUGGAAACGGUUACGGGACAUAUUUUCGGGCAUUCUUGCUAGAUUUGGCUACACUGAUGAAGAGAGGUUAAGAAAAUUGCAAGAAUUAAGGGCUGAAUUGGAGACUGAAUUAGCUGCCUAUAAAGAAGGACAUGCACGCAGUGCUGGAGUUGCCUUUGUUAUGUUUAAGGAUGUGUAUACUGCUAAUAAAGCAGUCCAGGAUUUUCAAAAUGAAAAGAGGAGGCGAAUUGGGAAGUUCUUUUCUCUCAUUGAAUUACGUCUUCAAAGGAACCAGUGGAAAGUUGAGCGCGCUCCAUUGGCAACUGACAUUUACUGGAAUAACAUGGGAACAUCGAAGCUCUCACUGAAACUGCGGAGAGUAUUUGUGAAUACUUGCUUAUUAUUGAUGCUCUUAUUUUUCAGUUCUCCCCUUGCUGUGAUCAGUGCUGUUAAGAGUGCUGGGAGGAUCAUCAACGCUGAAGCUAUGAAUAAUGCUCAACUGUGGUUGGCUUGGGUACAAAGCUCUAGCUGGCUUGCAAGCAUUGUUUUUCAAUUCCUGCCCAAUGUCAUCAUAUUUGUAAGCAUGUAUAUAGUAAUCCCAUCGUUUCUUUCUUAUUUCUCCAAAUUUGAACGCCAUCUUACUGUAUCUGGGGAACAAAGAGCUUCACUUGUGAAGAUGGUUUGCUUCUUCCUUGUUAAUCUUAUUCUCUUGAGGGGUCUCGUAGAAUCAUCCUUGGAGAGUACGAUCCUAAAGAUGGGUCGGUGCUAUUUGGAUGGAGAAGAUUGCAAGAGGAUUGAGCAAUAUAUGAGUGCAUCAUUUCUGUCAAGGUCAUGCCUUUCGUCUCUUGCAUUUCUGAUCACAAGCACUUUCUUGGGUAUAUCUUUUGAUCUUUUGGCUCCUAUCCCUUGGAUCAAAAGGAAAAUUAAAACCUUCCAGAAGAAUGACAUGCUUCAGUUAGUUCCUGAUCAAAGUGAAGAAUACCCAUUAGAGCAUCAGGAAAUUGAUAAUCUUCAGAGACCUCUGAUGUCACAAACUACUUAUGACACCCCCACACUGAAUGGGGAUAAUCUGGAGGGACAAGAUCUUCUUGUCUAUCCAAUGACUGGAAGCUCACCUGCACCGAAGCAGCAAUUUGAUUUUGCACAGUACUAUGCAUUUAAUUUGACAAUAUUUGCACUUACUCUGAUAUACUGUUCUUUUGCUCCAAUUGUGGUCCCUGUUGGUGCAAUUUAUUUUGGGUAUAGAUAUGUGGUUGACAAGUACAACUUCUUGUUCGUAUAUCGAGUUCGUGGUUUUCCUGCUGGCAACGAUGGAAGGUUAAUGGAUACUGUCCUGUGCAUCAUGCGUUUCUGCGUUGACUUAUUCCUACUAGCGAUGCUUCUAUUCUUUUCUGUCCAAGGUGACUCUACCAAGCUGCAAGCCAUAUUCACACUUGGACUUUUAGUCUUGUAUAAAAUAUUGCCUUCUGGUAAUGAAAGUUUUCCCCCAACUCUCUUGGAGUCCAUUCAAACAAUUGACAACAUCGUGGAGGGGCCCGUUGAUUAUGAAGUGUUUUCGCAACCAAGAUUUGAUUGGGAUUGCUACCAUGGGUAACUCAAGCUUUAAUAGGUCUAUUCCACUUGUGCAGAGCUUAGUUUUUUCCCUUUUAUAUUUCAAGGGGGUUUGGGAGUGGAGGUUUCAAGGGUGAGCCCCCCCCGCCAAAAAAAAAAAUGGAAAUAGCUCCUUUUCAUAUUUUAUUGUAAACAUGUUCAUGACAGUCAAUUCCCCCACCUCCCCUUCCCGGCGCAAAAAAAAAAAA